AAUAUUUUGUAAUUUGUUCAUUUGUAAAUUAGUUUUGUUUCUUUCAUCAAUUAGUCUUCGAAUCUUUGUAUUAGUUAAUUGUUGUGCUAUUAUUUUCUAAAUAAGUGUAUUUAUCUUUCGUAAUUAUUAUCGUUUCACUUUUAUUGAAUGGAAGCUGAUAUUUGAUGUAUUAAUCUGGAAUCUCAAAGGAAGAGACUUGAAGAAGGAGUUACCUGUUCAUCUUCAUUUUUUUAUGAUAAUUUAUUUCUUUUUUUAAAUAUCUUAAUUUUAUUGAAUUGGAUUAUCGUUACACUAGAAACGUUACAAUCUUUGGUUUCCUGCUUGAUUUUCUGUGAUUUAUUCUUGUUCUUUGUUGGAACUGUUGGCGAUAUUAUUACUCAUUUCAAAUAGUCGCUUUUUUGGUUUGAUUAGAAAAUGAACCGUAAUAGUGAAUCAAAUCAACUGACCAGUAAUGGUGAUUUGUCCAGUAAGUCUACUUGUAAACGUAACUGUACCAAUAGUGGUGGUGGUGGUAAAGUGAGACAGUUAAAGACUGUAUGUUUGAGUACAAGCAGUAAUCCUGAAUCAAGAUUGGUUUUGGUUGUUGAUGACACUCGAUUUGUGAUCGAUAAAUCUUCAUUCGUUGAGCAUCCUGACACUUUAUUGGGAAGGAUGUUUAGUCCUUUUACUGAAUCUUCUGGUGCCUCUUCAAUUACUCGGCCUAACGAGAAAGGUGAAUAUGAAGUGGCCGAAGGUAUAUCAUCUCACUGUUUUAGAGCUAUUCUUGAAUUUUAUAAAUCUGGUGUCAUUCGUUGUCCAUCCAGUGUUCCUAUCACCGAAUUACGUGAAGCCUGUGAUUAUUUACUUAUACCUUUCGAUGCAGAUACAAUUAAAUGUCAAAAUCUCGGCGGAUUACUUCAUGAGAUUAGCAAUGAAGGAGCUAAAAGUCAAUUCGAAAAUUUCUUGGAAACUCUUCUAUUUCCAGCUAUGGUUUCUUCUGCUCAGAGAGGGGAACGAGAAUGUCAUAUUGCUGUUCUCCUUGAUGAUGAUAUCGUUGAAUGGGAUGAUGAGUAUCCCCCUCAGAUAGGACAGGAACAUUGUCAAACAAUCUACUCUUCUGAUUUACAUCGUUUUUUCAAGUACAUCGAGAAUCGUGAUGUUGCUAAGCAAAUUCUACGAGAUCGGGGUUUGAAAAAGAUUCGACUUGGAAUUGAAGGCUUUCCUACUCAUGAAGAGAAAAGAAGAUGGCGACCUGGAGCUCGACCUGAGGUUAUUUAUAAUUACGUUCAACGGCCAUUUGUCCGAAUGUCUUGGGAAAAGGAAGAAGCCAAAUCGAGACACGUUGAUUUCCAAUGUGUCAAAUCAAAAUCGAUCACCAAUCUUGCAGUCGAUGGAGUUGAUGGAUCAGGUGAAGAUAAUGGUUCCAAUAACAGCUCAUGAUUAAUCAGCUCUCAUUGUCUAUUCUUAAUUGUUUCAUUAACGAAAUGUCGAGUCACAGCACCAAAUAUAUGUUGUUACGUUUUCUCGUUUCAUUCAAGUUGACAUCAGAUUGAAAUGAUCGGAGAAACAAAUAACCUCCGUUAUCGACAACUGAUUAUCUUAUCCAUUCAUCUCUUAAUCAUUUCUUCAUAUCCUGGAAUCCUGGUGUAAUAUAUUAUCCAAAAUUGGACUCGAACAAUGUACCAAAAUUUAUUCUGAUCACCAAAAUCACUGCAAAAAAAUAAGAAAAUAUUUUAAUUUUCUUUUCGA